CUUCCCACUUCAGACUGCCAGCAUAUUUUCACUCUCUCUCUCUCUCUCUCUCUCUCUCCGUUUCCCUGCUUGUCCCUGUGCGGGUGUCUCGUCGGAGGAUUCUUCUCCACCCGAAAUAUGAAGCUGAAGCAAUUAGAAGGCCUCCUUGGUGAGCUUCAACAGUUCUCCAACCCAAAGAAGGAGCUGGAGCAAUACCCUACUGGACCGCACAUUGCCUCUCGCAUGCUCUUCACUGCCGAGAAUUCUUUUGAGGAUGUGAGCAACAAGGUAGUGGCUGAUUUCGGUUGUGGCUGUGGUACAUUGGGUGCGGCAGCAGCUCUCUUGGGUGCGGAACAUGUUAUGGGCAUCGACAUCGAUUCACAAUCUCUUGAAUUAGCAUCACUAAAUGCAGAGGAUCUUGAGCUGGACAUUAAUUUUAUUCAGUCCGACAUCAAGAACUUAGGAUGGAGAGGUCAAAUUGUUGAUACCGUUGUAAUGAAUCCUCCAUUUGGGACCCGGAAGAAGGGCGCUGAUAUGGAUUUUCUGUGUGUGGCUCUGAAGGUUGCUUCUCAAGCAGUUUAUUCCUUGCAUAAGACCUCAACAAGAGAUCAUAUCAAAAGGGUAGCCUUGCGGGACUUAAACGCUAGCAGUGCUGAGGUUUUAUGUGAGCUCCGGUUUGAUGUACCACAGCUAUACAAGUUUCAUAAGAAAAAGGAAGUAGACAUUGCUGUUGAUCUCUGGCGAUUUGUGCCCAAAGGUAAUCAAGGAAAGGGCACCGAGCAUCACCUCAAAUCAGGCACAAGUUAGAUCAUAGCGGAUGAAUAUGUAUGUAACAUAGAUGCUGCAAUGUGUUAAUUUUAUCCUUCCAAUUUUAUUGAGUUUCUUUAGAUGCAUGUAUUGUGAAACAAAUUAAAUAAAAUCAUUUAUAGUUUUAUA